GGAGGUUGCAUUAGAUUGUAUUAUGUCUUGGUGCUCUAUGCUUUGCAUACCACAUUGUUGUACUGGUUGCAUGUCAUGAUUCCCACUACAGCACGUUGGCCACCAUUUCUUGGCCACGGAAUUCAGAAAUAUAAAAAAGAACAUCAUAGUUUGAGAAUAUGAACAGCUCUAUGUUCGUUGGAAUAACCAACAUCAUGUCUAUGAACAGAGACAGCUGAAUCGACACAUCAGGAAAGCUUUCUUGAAAUUGUCACAAGCAAAAAUGGCAGAAAAUGGUGAUCAACACAGAAAGAAGUGGGGCGGAAUUGAACGUGAAGAAUGUUGAUAGAAACGGCAAUGAGAAUAUCUUAGGAACUAACUCAGGUACCGAACCAGUACUAAGGGUGGAGAAGAGAGUGGGUAUAUGGAUGGGGGUUAUGGGAAACCAUUCACAACUGUAACCAGAUAGCAUACGGUCAUCGUAGCUAAAGGGUUUGGGCGUGUAGUGUGGGGUUAACCUGCCUAGAGCAUGUUCACCCACGGUCUGUAGCCUUGGUUUACACUGCCUGCUGUACUGUCAGUAAAAUCUACAAGUGCUGAAAACCAUAAAUUCUGCCACAUUGUCACAAAUGUCCAGUCUGUUCCAGUUCAGGUCAUGUUUUCCGGCUUUGUGUUUCUUGGGUUAGGCAUGCUGAAUCUAAAUCUGUAUCCCAAUCAGGGCACUUGACACUUUCAUGCAGACAUGUGCUGGACCCCAAGACCCUAAACCUGUGGUCUGCGACAAGUUAGGCACCACAUACCACCUGCACGGAUCUCACUUUCGCCUGUCACCGCCCAGUCCCAGCUACAGGUGAUGUGGACUUUGGCAAGCUGCUGGAGACAAUGCCUCAGCUGCCCAGCGUGUCAUGACAGACUGCCUAGGGUGGUUCACACUCAUGCCCUGACAUCUCCUAUUUUUUCUCAGUUUCACAUGACCCCGACUGAUUUCUACAGGUUGAUUUGAAGCAUGACUGAAUUCAGUGACGUUUGGGGGCAGAUUUUUCUGGCAGGUUGCUAUGCUACAUGAAGCAGCUCAAGUAGCCGCACAGUGCCAGCUCCAGAACCAUGAGCACGUGCUCAGCUUGCAGCACUAGCAUGCAGAGUAGGACAGGAACUGUAAAGGCUAAGACUGAGACCCCCCAUGCAUGCAAUCUCCGUGCUGGAGAUGGGCACUCUUGGUCCUGUCCGCCCACGAGAUGAUUCAUGUUAUGACCCAAUACAGUCUCUCACAGACAAGAUGACCCUGCCCUUGAACCUGCCCUGGCUGCUGGCACACCAUCAUCAGGAAACUACUUACCAUAUCCAAUAAUCCAGGCACAUGCAUAUGUUGAGCUGGGCUCAUGUUGCUUGCCUCAAAUUUAGCCAUAAGGCCUCUGUCCACAUGGGCAAUGCGUGUACCUCACGCCAGUAGCAAAUGAAACCAGCCAUUUGGGCAUAGUAUCCUGAAGGUCGGCUAUCGUGAUAUUUUUGCCUUGUAGUCACGUACUUAGGUCGUGUGGAGAUACGUCACCAAAAUUAUGUAGUCUCUGCACACUCGCCUGGCAUUUCCAUUGUGUCUGCUGGACAUUGUCAAGGUCACUGUACCUGCAUGAUCUCAGCCGAAUUUAGCACCGUAGGCAAAGGAUGAUCAGAUUUGGUUCAACUGGUAGUUUUCUGGCUUUAGAGAGCUAGUUUAGUGAAUGGUUUGCUCAUUGGCACGCCUAGCUGGAUAGAUGCUGUGAUUCUUAUACUGAGGAAGCAGCGUGGCAUGAACGCAGAGAUCAUGAGAUUAUGGCCGUGUAUAGAGGAAAUGACUUUUGGAACUCCACCCAAGUUGCCACCAACACAGACACGGCUAUGCAGCAGCAAACCCCACCAGCAGCACCAGCAGGCACCCCACGCUCAGUGGGUUCCUCCCAGGAGAGGGCAGCAAGCUACGAGAAGAUUCGGCAAUGGAUCCGUGAUAAUUUCGAGAAAGAGGAAGGAUCUGGACUUCCACGUGAGCAAGUAUAUAACUUCUACAAGGAUUUUGGACCAUCGGAUGAUUUCACUGUGAUCAACCCAGCCAGUUUUGGAAAGUGUGUUAGGCAUGUAUUCCCGUCAGCUGAAGUCAAGAUCCGUCGCCUUGGAACUCGUGGACGAUCAAAGUAUCAUUAUUAUGGGCUGACAGUCAAGAAAUCGUCGCCAUUCUUCGAGGAUAUGGUACGCAUGAAGGAACAAGAAAUGAACUUGGCAUUUGGACAGAGUCUCCGUCCAGAGGAUGAACCUGAAGAUUAUUCUCCAACCAUGGGUGAUGGACUCAGUGAGAGUGACUUUGGCGGACCUGGUGUUGCUGUUGGUGGACAGCGGUCAAUGCAGGAUGCGGUGUUUGCAGCCACAUCUCCGAGAGACUUGCCUUCCCACGCCAUGCUGACGGCCGCGGAUCAGCAGAGUCGCAAUGCCCAUGCCGCCUGUGCAGCGGGCACGUCGUUCAACUGGCCAGUGUACCCAGGAGCGGCGUUAC